UGUUGAUAUCUUACAAGUACUAUUGAGUACAUGUACCUGACAGUAUAAUAUAAAAUGUAAAUAAUGAUAAAUUAUUUUAACCAUAACUGCGAAUAGUAAAAAAGAAAACUAAAAUCUUACAAAAAGUUAAAUACGAUGGAUACAAUAUUAUGUAAGCUUGUCCUGGUAACUUUGUUUGCUGUUUAUUCUGCCACAGCAGAUGUGCCACAGAUUGAGUGCAAUGCAACUGUUGAUGAUACAACGGAAAUUUCGCUACCUUCUGUAAAACUAAAUAUCGAACAUCUGUAUAGCAGUGUAACAAAUGGCGUUCCGUACAGUAAAGCUCCCAGCAUGGUACCAGGGGUUACGUUUGGAGGAAAUAUUUCAUCAUAUGUGGUCAGUGUUAGUGUAUCUCGUUCAAAUACACAAAAAAUUACAUUUGCAUACAAUGGAUCUCAUAUUUGUGCCUCUGCGCAACUUCGUCUAGAAACUGACACCUGCUGGAGUGGUUCCUCAACCGGAUGUAACAAUAAAACAACAACAUGUGAUUCUACUUGUUUUCUGUCAAACGAAUUCUAUGAACGGCAUACCUUGAAACUUUUUGACAGUCUUACGUCAAGUUACAAUAUUGGGACUUGGACAAUGUCAGACUGGCUAUCAGUGUAUACGACAUCAAACAAACAACUAGAAUGUUUCCAUAGAAACGAGGGCUUCUACAGAUUCGAAAAUAGUGAGUACAUUAAAGAACCGAACUUAACUCGGGUUACAUGUCCAAUAGGGCAACGUUGUCGAAUCUCAAUAGGAAAAGUGUUACCUUCGUCUAUUCCAAAAGCAUAUGUGGGAUGUGAAAGAGAUAGCGGACACUAUGAUGGCUGUGAAAAGGGAUGCAGCACUUGGCAGAGAUCACCAACAACCGGAUAUAGAGAAAGAUGGGGUGCUAUGUGUAGAUACUGUUGUUAUGAGAAUUUGUGUAACAACCCCGUUAAAUGCAGUAAUCUAAAUUGCGAUUUAACUUCCACAUGAACAGAAAAUGAUAUGUCGAAUUUGAGUCAUAGGAAUAUUGGAAAUCAUGUGUAUUUUGUCUUGGUUUUAUACUUAAUUUAUUCACUGAUUUGAAGAAUGAAAAUGAACAAUUCGUCUGUCUAUGGCCCCUUUAAAAUUGAUAAAACUUGUUAAUGUUGACUAUGAAUACCCUGUGUUAGAAAGAACAUUCGUACACUGAAGAACUUGAUAUCUAUCAUCAUAGCUGUAACAUUGAUCAUUGUUGAAGUAAUAGUCUGCUAUAAUUUACAAUAUAUAUAAUGUUAUGAAGAUUAUUUUCACAAAUAAGUCUAGGCUACUGCCACAUGUCAAAUUUUAUCACUCGACACUUUUCAUAAACAUCCAUCCAACACAUUGUGUAUCCUGUUGAACUAUAUUUCAUAAUUAAACGUAAAAGUGAAUUAAACUGUAGUUGAAUUACUUUGCUUUAUUUUAUUUACAUUUUGUUAUAAAAUACUGAUAAAAUACAAAACUUUGUGAAUGUUCCUGAUGCGAAAAAGCUUGAGCGGGUUAACAUUAUUAUUUUCAUAGAAAAUCAGUGUUGCCAAUAACUAGGAGAAAGAGAUGCAAAGUAUUUGCAGAUGUCCGGGGAAAGAGAGGGGAGGAAUAAUCCAUUGUGUUGCAGAACAAAGUAAAAACGUCAAAAUAUUAAAGAAAAAUAUUGAUAUUACUGGUGAUCUACCACGCAAUACUCAACAUCUGCAUGAAUCGUACUUGAGGUGUUGUUAAUUGUAGAGCCAAUACUUCCUCAUAAUGAAUGUAAAUUUUGUUUCUUAAAUUAUAGAUGAUCAACUUAUUAACCAUGUUUACAAAUCUUAAUGCGCAGUAGGAUCACAUUUCCUUUGUUGUAUAUCUCUCAAUAAAAUGUUCACGUGAUUCCACUUAA